AUGACAUCAAAAAUAGUUGAGUUUCCUUUACUUAAUCCAUGGCAACAUUUUACGAUUUAUGGUACACAUAAUCGUUAUAUUGUUGUGGCAAUGAAUAAAAAUCGAUCGAAAUGUCGUAUUCUUAAAAUUGAUCGUAUGGAUCAAAAAGAAUUAACUAUAACUGAAGAUCAACAUGAAUAUUCACAUGUUGAACUUCGUCAACUUCUUGGUACUAUUGAAGUCAGUAAUAGUCGAGUAGGUGGUUUUAGUAAAACAAUUCAUUGUUAUGGAAUUAUUGGUUUUAUUAAAUUUCUUGAAGGUUAUUAUAUGAUUGUAAUAACACGACGAAGUCAAGUAGCACGUAUAGGUUAUCAUAGAAUAUAUAAAAUUGAAGAAACAGCAAUGUUAACUAUAACAAAUGAAGAUAUUAAAAAAAUUCAUCCAGAUGAAAGCAAAUAUCUUCGUGCAUUACAAAAUCUUGAUUUAACAAAUGGAUUUUAUUUUAGUUAUACAUAUGAUUUAACACAUACAUUACAAUAUAAUUUUAUUGAACAAAAUCGAGAAAAAAAUAAUUUCAAUAAUGAAAAUUUAUGUUGGGGUACACGUUAUCAACCAACAUGGAAAUAUGUUUGGAAUGAAUAUUUAGUUGAACCAAUACGAUCACAAGUUCAUCCAAGAUGGUUACUUUUUAUUAUAAAUGGUGUUAUACUUCAAUAUAAUUUAAAUGUAUUUUGUCGUUCAAUUUAUUUAACAUUAAUUUGUCGACGAUCACAAAGAUUUUCUGGAACAAGAUUUCUUAAACGUGGUGGAAAUUCAAAAGGUUAUGUGGCAAAUGAAGUUGAAACUGAACAAAUUCUUCAUGAUGCUUCACUUUCUUCACUUGGUAAAAGUCAUUUUACUUCUUAUGUACAAUUACGUGGUAGUGUACCAGCAUUUUGGAGUCAAGAUCCAAAACAAGUACCUAAACCACCUAUUGUUAUUGAUCUCAAUGAUCCAACAUAUGUUGUAGCAUCACAACAUUUUCGACAAUUAUUUUAUCGAUAUGGUUCUCCAAUUCUUAUUCUCAAUCUUGUUAAAAAACGUGAAAAGAAAAAACAAGAAUAUAUUUUAUCUGAAGAAUUUUGUAAUGCACUUGAUUAUAUAAAACAAUUUAUACCGGAUGAUAAUGGUAUACAAUAUUUAGCAUUUGAUAUGGCUCGUGUUAAUCGUUCAAAACAUCGACGUGUUAUGCCUAAAUUAGAUGAAAUAGCUCGUCGAUAUUUACAACAAACUGGAUUUUUUCAAAAUUUUCCAUUAUUAGUUAAUGAUAAACAAUAUUUUUAUGACAAAGAAAAUGCAAUUAAAUUAACACCAUAUCAAACAUUUUUUGUACAAACAGGUGUUGUACGUGUCAAUUGUGUUGAUUGUCUUGAUAGAACAAAUACAGCUAUGUAUGCUAUAGCAAAAUGUGCUCUUGGUUAUCAAUUAUUUGCUAUGGGUCUUACAGAUUCACCACAUUUACAAGAAGAUUCUGCAGCUGAAUUAGUAAUUAAACAAUUAUUUGAACAUUCCGGUGAUAUUUUAGCACAACAAUAUGCUGGUAGUCAAUUAGUUCAUCGAAUUGAUACAUAUAAAAAAUUAACACCAGCUUGGUCAACACAAUCUCGAGAUAUUGUACAAACACUUUCACGUUAUUAUUCAAAUACAUUUUCAGAUGCCGAAAAACAACAUGCAAUGAAUUUAUUUUUGGGUAUUUUUCAACCAAAAAUUGGUCGACCACAUUUUUGGGAAUUAGCAAGUGAUUAUCAUUUACAUGAUCCACGAAUAAUACCUGGUUAUGUUGCACCACAUUGUACAAAUAUUCUUGGUGAUGAUAUAUGGUUUUCAUUACCACUUGCAGCUGAACAAGUUUUGAAAUCAAAGAAAGAUUGUCUUGAUAUUGUUUCUGUUAAAAAUGAUGAUCCACUUGUUGAUGGUUUUAAUGAAUAUUAUCGUCCAGAUGAAUUAACAAUAUUUGAAGAAAAAUUUGAAUGGAAUAUGGAUUCAACUAAUAAAGAUUUAGCAUAUAAUUAUACAAAUAUUCGUGAAUUUACACCAUUUUCUGUUCGAGAUAAUAAACAACGAAAAAGUAUAGUUGGUCUCAGUCUUACUGCUGAUGUUCAACAACGUGCACUUCUUCCACAAUCAACAUCUUUAUCUAAUCAAUCUCAAAAUUUAAAUCAAGAUCAAUCAUCAGAUGAAGAUAUAUUUGAUGAUACAGAUACUGAUGAAGAAACUUCGAAAAAACAAUUAUUAUUAACAAAUAAAAAAUCUUUUAAAUCAAAAACAACUAGUAAAUUAAUUACUGAUGAUUCAAAUAAUACUAGUGCUAUACAAGUAAAACGUCUUUUAAAUAUUAUAUUUCCAACAACAAAUGAUAUAUAUGGUUUUCAUUUGGAUGAACCAUCAACUGAAUCAUUACAUUGUUAUGAACAAUAUGCAAAAAUAGCACGUGAUGCAUGUUCAUUACCAACAACACCAAUACCAACAAAUAAUCAACAUACUUAUGAAAUAUCUCUAUCAACAAAUCGAUCAAUGUCAUCAAGUUCAAGUUUUGAAAUUGUUUCAUCUAUUAACAGUGAACGAUCAAAAUUAACACAACAACAACAACAACAACAACAUCAACAAAUGGAACAACAAUCAUUACAACAAUCAUUAAUAUCUAUGUUCGAUGAACCAAUCGUUAGUGAUGAUGCUAUUCAAAUUUAUGAACGAUCAGUAGCUGUAGCUCAUCAAGGACCUUUUGAACCGUCAGAUAUUGAUCGAAAAGUCUAUGAAACAUAUGUAGCUUCUUUGGCAAUUACUGUCCAGUCAAUAAUUCUUCGUCGUACAAUUCAAUAUAAUAUUCUUUCUCGAAGAUAUAAUUCUUUAUCAUCAAAAGAUAAUUUUGUUCGAAUAUUUGAAGUUGGUCCUCGUGAUGGUUUACAAAAUGAAAAAAUUCAUGUACCAACAUCGAUUAAAGUUGAAUUUAUUAAUCUUUUAAGUCAAACAGGUCUUAAACAUAUUGAAGUAACUAGUUUUGUUUCUCCAAAAUGGGUACCACAAAUGAGUGAUCAUGUUGAAGUACUUUCUACUAUUCAUCGAAUACCUGGUAUAUCUUAUUCAGUUUUAACACCAAAUAUUCAAGGUUUAAAAAAAGUUCUUUCAUUGGGAAAAAAAGCUGCUGAUGAAAUAGCAAUAUUUUCUGCUGCAUCAGAAGCAUUUUCAAAGAAAAAUAUUAAUUGUUCAAUUGAAGAAUCAUUUCAACGUUUUGAUGAAAUUGUACAAAUUGCAAAAGAAAAAAAUCUACCUAUACGUGGUUAUGUAUCUUGUGUUAUUGGUUGUCCUUAUGAAGGAAAAAUUAAACCAUCACAAGUUAUACCUGUUGUUAAAAAAUUACUUGAUAUGGGUUGUUAUGAAGUAUCACUUGGUGAUACAAUUGGUGUUGGUACACCGAAAUCUAUUCAUGAAUUACUUAGAGAAUUAAAAACAAGUGGUAUUCCAUCAAAUAAAUUAGCUAUUCAUUGUCAUGAUACAUAUGGACAAGCUAUUGCUAAUAUUGCACAAGCAUUAGAAAUGGGUAUACGUUGUGUUGAUGCAAGUGUUGCUGGUCUUGGUGGAUGUCCAUAUGCUAAAGGUGCAACAGGAAAUGUAGCAACUGAAGAUGUUCUUUAUUUAUUACAUGGACUUGGUUAUGAAACAGGUGUUGAUCUUAAUCGAUUAAUUGAUGCUGGACAAUUUAUUACAGAAGCAUUAAAACGAGAGAAUGCAUCAAAAACUGGACGAGCACUUUUAUGUAAAAGACAAAAUGAAAACAAAACAACUGUAAAGAACAAUAAAACCUAA